AAUGUAGAUGUGGCAAGAUUCAUGAUUGCCAACGGAGGGUCAGACAGAGGAAGCUUUAUUGCUGGACGUAGUGUCCACAACCAACGAAUAGAAAGGUUGUGGGCAGAAGUUAACAGAGUACUGUCUUCCCCAUACAAAGAUAUUUACCAGUUUCUUAAAGAAAGAACGUUGCUUGAUUCUCUUAAUGAAGUGCAUUUAUUUGCCCUCCACUUUGUUUAUCUUCCACGAACAAAUGCAUCCUUAACAGAGUUUGCUUGUCAGUGGAAUCACCAUGGAUUGCGAACAAUGAAUCACCAAACGCCAUUAACGUUAUGGCAAACAGAUAUGAUAAACCUUUCUGAAGAAUCACCUCUUGUUAACUUUGAGGAAUAUGGAAUUGAUUAUGAUGGUCCUGUACCUGAUAUUGUUACUGAUAAUAAAAUUGUAGUACCUAAUUCAGAGGUAGUUCUUACAGAAGAAGAACUCCUUCAUUUGGAAAGUACAGUAAAUCCGCUUGACAAUGAUGGGAAUAAUGGAAUUGACUACUUCUUGAGGGUACUUGAUAUUGUUAAUGGGUUCACAACAUCAAGAUGA